AUGAGUACUUCCACAAGGAUGGAAAUUGAUAUCCCAUUACAACACAUUGAACCGAUAGAAACGUCAUCCUUACCAACUUUAAACCAACAACAGAGUGAUGACAAUAUCACUAUGACAAUGGGACACGAUGAACUUAAUGACAUAUUAGCUAACCUUAAUAUAGACAAUUUACUAGAAAAUACCAAUAAUAUAAUAACCGAAAAUGUAACUGAAACUAUUCAUCGAAGAGGGAAUCAUUACAUGGCGGCAACUAAUCAUUACACAGGCAAAUCAAAUAGAGACUUUCAACUACCCUUACCCACUGAACCAGUAGAACACCUAAUCGAAGAUGAAUACAAUUAUGACCAAGCAGACGAACAACAAAUUGCUAAUAGGAACAUUCCUCUGUUAAACCAAGAACAACGCCUUAUUUUUAACGACAUACUUUUGGCCCUAAACGAAAACGAAAGGGUUCCACAUCGUCUAUUUUUUAUUAACGGAAUUGGAGGUGCAGGAAAAACAUUUCUGUUGAAUACACUACUGGCUUACUUACUAGGAAAUAAUCACCGUUAUAUUGCUAUGUGUUAUACUGGCAUCGCAGCCAGCUUAUUGAAAAAUGGCCAAACGAUUCAUUCUUCUUUUAUGUUACCGGUUCCAUUUCUAGAAAAUUCAACGUCGAGGAUUCGCAAUCAGAGUACGAUUGCUGAUAAUAUUAGAUAUUCAAAAAUUAUUGUCAUUGAUGAAAUAUCUAUGGUACAUAAAGUAUAUUCAAUGAGAUAG